GCUCUUUGUGUGAGAUGGGGGACGAUCGACCUUUUGUGUGCACCGCCCCAGGCUGUGGCCAGGUAAGGUCUCCUUCCCUCGUUUUCCCUUCAUCCCUCACUCUCUUUCCCCCACCCUUUCCCCUCUUUACAUAUCUUGGAUUUCAGGAGCCAUCUGAUGUUCGACUAUCACCUGUAUCUUGUGUUAUCUUUGUGCACAGAGAUUUACUAAUGAAGACCAUCUAUCAGUCCACAAACACAAGCAUGAGAUGACCCUGAAAUUUGGUCCUGCCAGAACUGACUCCGUCAUCAUUGCAGGUGCUUGCCUUUAACAGUCCCAGCAUUUCUCAAUUAUACUGUAUAAAACAAUUAUAUGAUAAGAACAUAUUUUUGACUAGCUGUUAAACAAACACCACCCUGUGUGGACUAGCACCAAGACCCCUAGAGGGCGUAGUUCUUCCUGAUUUCGUACUACCUCUUGGUGUCGACGCAGCCAGCCCAGCCGGCUAUACACUCGUGUCCCCCAUAAAACAUCCUCCAUUCAGGCUGCAAAGGCUUCGGUUUCCUCCUUAACUCGCUUUAAUGGUUCCACCACGCUAGACUGGCUAAUGCUACUUCCUGAUGUUGCAGCCAGGGGUAAAUAAGACUGCUGCCACCUAAUUGGCUGAAUGCGGUGUGCAAUAUACGGAAGUUGUCCGAAAAUGGUGGUGGAGAAUUGUGUAUUAUUAAGACAGUAUGCAUAUUUUUCCUGUUUUUUUUUCUCCCGGAAGCACACCAUUAAAGCUAGUUAAGGAGUAAAUGGAUGCCUUUGGAGGAUGAUUUAUGUAUGAACCGGGCGCUGGAGACACUAGUGUAUUACCAGCUGUGCAGCUUAAUGCAGGACGUCAAUGGCAAAUGACAAACGUAAGGAUAAUAGCGCUAUCUGGCGGCAGCAGGGCUAGUGUGGACAGAUGAGCCAUCUCUGUUGUUAACACGUACUAUGAAGUCUCUAAACCAGUUUCUCCUCUCUCUCUCUUUCUCCCACCAGACCAGACCCCCACACCCACCCGCUUCCUGAAGAACUGUGAGGAGGUGGGUCUGUUCAACGAGCUGGCCAGUUCCUUCGAGCAGGAGUUCCGGAAGGCCCAUGAGGAUGACCAGAGAAACAAAAACCCGGUGAGGGUGAGGACGGUGUAGGGGCUAGGAUGGGUUCGGUUUUGAAACACUGGUAGUUUUACCAACUGAUAAAUGUUGUGUGUCUGGUUGUUGGUCCCCACACAGCUCACGGCCCCCCAGCUUCCAGCUCCACCCCUACAGACCCCCUCUGGGGUGAAGGAGGAGGAUGAGGGGCCUCUGGAGGUUGACUCCUCCCCACCAGGAAGUCCUGACUCCACCUCCAGCAUGUCAGACAGCAGCAAAGAGCCAAUGGUGAGAGGAAAGGUACAACCUGGGGGCCAUGUGAACAGGGUGUAUGGUUGAACAGAUUAAUUGAUGUGUGUGAUUUCCUCUUGUCAAGUUUGCAUGGUAACUUGGGUGAGAGAGAGAGAAGGGAACAUUGGUGGCCAAAGAGAGGCUGCAAAUGAAUCACUUAACUGUGAGGCAAGUAAAGAUGUCAGCAAAAAGUAGAAAUUUAGUAGGUUUCUUAGUGGAUUCACCUCAGCGGCCUAUAGUGUCCAACUCCCACCUGAGUUUCUCUCUGGCUGUGUUUACAAUUCUGAUCUUUUUUUCACUAAGUGGUCUUUUGACCAAUCAGUUCAGCUCUGAAAAAGAUCUGAUUUGGAAAGAUCUGAUGUGAUUGGUCAGAAGACCAAUUAGUGGGAAAAAAUAUCAAAAUUGGGCUGCCUGUGCAAACGUAGCCUCUGUCUGACUGGAUGUGAUUUGUGUUGACAGGAGACUCCUCCUCCUCCACGGCCAGUGGUGAGCUCCGCCCCCACGCCAACCAUCGUACGCCCAGGGUCCCUUCCCAUUCACCUUGUUUACGACCCCCUGCACCCGACCCUGCCCUCGCCAACCUCUGUCAUCACACAAACCCCGCCCUCCAACAGACAACUGGGGUGAGUCUAAUCUGCCAACAUCUCUCUUUAUUUGUGUUCACUCUAUUUAAUUUAUACUAAUCUAUCUCCUGUUCUCAGCUCUCCGACAGGCUCCUUCCCACUUGUAAUGCAUCUCCCCAAUGGACAGACGGUCCCUCUCCUCCCCAGCCCAAAUAUGACCUCAGUCAUAUCUGUGAGUCAAUCACAUUUAUUUAUAAUGCCCUUUUUACAUCAGUAUUGUGAGUGAAAGUAGUAAUUUCUAAUGAACAUGAACAGUCUUGAUAAUGGCAGAUCAUUGGUAGGUGUUAUUUUGUCUUCUCUUAUUUUGACCCUUCCUGUGUAAUAUGUAGCUGGCAAGGCCGUUUAAUAUGGUGCCCAACAUCCCUGGGAUUCCAGGCCCUCCGAUUGGUGGGACCAGCAGUGGCUCCUCCUCCCCAUCUGGGUAUAGUCUACACUCAGAGGCCAAGAUGGUGAGAGACGCAUGCACUGGUGGAUACACACACACAGAGUUAAGAAACAAAUAGCACUGGGCCUACCCAUACCCGUGGCAGUGGAAGGCACAGGGUUGCAAUGUUACCGGUAACUGUUUAUUACCAAAAUUACUGAAAGUUCUGGUCAUUUUGGUAAAUUAAUGGUAGUUUUACAACCUUAGUAAGGCAGGUUGUUGAUGUCUGUAUGGCAUUUAUGUGUGUCCCCAUCCCUCCCUCUCUCUCUGUAGAGGCUGAAGGCAGUGCUGACCCAACAGCAGCAGCAGCAUGGCCCGGGGGCUCAGAAUGGGUCUGGAGAAGGCCCAGGGGGGGCAGGGUCCAGUCCCGCUGUCCCCCAGAGACACGAGCAGAGCCAGCAGCCCUCGCAGCACUCUGACACCCCAUCUCCCGCACAGCCACAGGUAACACACACAUACUGACACACAUAAUACCUAAGGGUCAGGUGGAAUCUGCUAAAUCUUCUGUUCUCCCUGGUUGUUAUACUCUGUUAGGGCUGCAGCCCAGUCACCAGAGGGGAGUUUAUACUAGAACUGAUGUGAGGAGUCACCUCUGAAAGGCCUGAAGGGGGCUAGUGGCAACGACAGACUGAACCUCCAGAAAUUAUCAAAAUACUAGAAACGACACUGAACAAACCAAAAGCUGUUACAAAACAUGUUUUGUAGAUUAAAUAUGCUGGAUAACAUCUCUGCAGAUUCCUUAUGGCCCUGUAUAUAGUUAAAGGACAAUUUCACUUUAACAAAUCAGUAUUUUGUUUGUAAAUGGCAUGUUAUAGAAGUGUCCGGACACUUUUUGUGAUUUCACUUGGUUUUGAGAAACGUUCCCUACCAGCGAUAGAAAAAAUGAAUAAAGGUUCCAAAAACACCCAAAUACUUUUAGAACUGCAACGCUCUCAGUAUAGUGAUGCAGGUCUUUAGAUGUUGUACACAUGAAAUAGUGUCCUUCCGAACUUUAUCCGCAACGUUUUAUUUCAUUUUGUUGGACUCGAGCGAUACUUCUGUGUAGCCCGAGUCCCCAACAAAAUGGAAUAUAAAAUUGCGGAUAUAGUUCUUAGAUCUCAUGUCGUUUGCAUGUAUUUUCCUAAAUUGUGCACAAACAAUGAGUUCAAAUAUGCACAGGCACACUCUCAUGCCUAUAUGAUUUACAUAUACUCACACAGCAAACCAGCAGUGGCUCCUCCUCUCCAUUUGGGUAUAGUCUACAUUCAGAGGACAUGAUGGUGAGAGGCGUAUACAUGGAAACACUUUAAAAUACACAUGCAAAUGCACUUUUACACGCGCACACACACAAGCUCACACUCUUGCAUUCUUUCUUAUUCUCUCUCUCAUACACACUCUCAUACACACACCCAGUCCAGAGUGUAUAACACCUUCCCCUCCCGUCUUCCCCAGGUGUCCCCAGCCCAGCCCACUGGGGGUAGAAGGCGGCGGGGUGCGGAGGUCGACCCAGACGAGAGGAGGCAGCGUUUCCUGGAGAGGAACAGGGCGGCGGCGUCUCGCUGCCGACAAAAACGCAAGGUUUGGGUCGGCUCUCUGGAGAGGAAGGCAGAGGACCUGGCUACCAUGAAUGUUUCUUUGACCGUGAGUCUACAACCGUAACUGGACUUAGACUGUAACUGUCUAUUACAACAGCAGAGAAAGGCAAACUUACAACCAUGAACCUGUUUGUGAUUGUAUUAUACUGGUAGGAUCCCUAAUAUUAUUAUUGUGCCCAUGAGGUUUUAGUGUAUGAUUGUCAGUUGUUGAGAAGACAACUUUGUGUGUACAUUGUCUUGUGUGAUUUGUUAUGUGUUCUGUUUCUAUCAGAAUGAAGUGGGUCUGCUGAGGAACGAGGUGACCCAACUGAAACAGCUGCUACUGGCCCACAAAGACUGCCCUGUCACUGCCAUGCAGAAGAAGUCUGCCUUCUUAGGUAAUAAAGACUUACCAUACAUGAAUCAACUAUCAAUCACACAAGUCUUUCAUUCACUCCAUCUGUUUGAUUUAUCAUUUAGGCUCUAAUUUAUCUGUCUCCAUUCCAUCAACGUGUACAUCCACCCACCUACCUACCGAUCCAUCAACCCAGGAUCAACCUCCUACUCAUCCAUCUAAUCUAUUGCUUGCCUCUCACCUCUCUUUAAGGGUGAAUGUUUCUCUCUCUGUCUGUAGCUGCAGGAGUGGAGGAGUGCUCCAGGGACUCCCCCUCUGAGCCUAUGGGCUCCCCAGCCCCGGUUAUCCAGCAAGGGCCUUCGCCCCUUGCCCCCAGCCCUGGGGCCAUCACCGUCAACGGGCUGAGUGUGCGUGCGGCUGAGGCAGUGGCCAUGUCGGUCCUGGCCAGCAUGGGGGCGACCCAGCAGGGAGGGGUCCUCAUGGCCACACAGCCGCAGCCCGCCCCUAGA